AUGACGUUCGAGACCAAGGCCACCAUCGCCUCCUUCGGCGGAACCCUCCUCAAGCUCAGCCACCAGUCCAGCACGACGGGGACCCCAAUGAACCUCAACCUCUACCUCCCGCCCGCCGCCACCCGCGACGGAAAGAAAGUGCCCCUCCUCAUCUACCUCUCCGGCCUGACCUGCACGCCGGACAACUGCACCGAGAAGGGCUUCUUCCAGCACGCCGCCAGCAAGCACGGCCUCGCCGUCCUCUACCCAGACACCUCCCCUCGCGGCCUCGACCUCCCCGGCGAGCGCGACAGCUGGGACUUUGGCGAGGCCGCCUCCUUCUACCUCGACGCCACGCAGGCGCCCUUCGACGCCCACUACAAGAUGGAGUCGUACCUGACCCGCGAGCUGCCGGACCUCGUCUUCGCCGCCUACGCCGACCAGCUCGACCGCGACCGCGUCUCCAUCACCGGCCACUCCAUGGGCGGCCACGGCGCCCUGACCCUGUACCUCAAGUACCCGGCCGCCUACAAGUCCGUCUCCGCCUUUGCCCCCAUCGCCAACCCCGUCAACUGCCCCUGGGGCCAAAAGGCAUUUGCCGGCUACCUGGGCGACGCCGACAAGGACGCCUGGAAGAAACACGACGCCACCGAGCUGGUCAAGGGCUGGAAGAACGGCCCGCUUAAUAUGCUGGUCGACGUCGGCACCGGCGAUAAUUUUUACAAGCAGAAGCAGCUGCUGCCUGAGAACCUCGAGGCGGCCGUCAAGGAGGCCGGCCUGGAAGGGUUCACGCUCAGGUUCCAGGAGGGGUAUGACCACUCGUAUUUCUUCAUGGCCAGCUUUAGCGAUGACCAUGUUGCGCAUGCCGCCAAAUUCUUGGCCGUCUGA